CUGGAAUUGCUUUGAAAGGCAAGACACCUUGUUUUCUUUUGUCCAUGGAGUUGCCAUUUUUUCAUGGAAAGAUAACAAGAAGAACUUGUGAAGAACUGCUGGCCAAGAAGAGAAAGAAUGGUAGCUAUUUAAUACGAGAGAGCGAGAGCGUGGAAGGCGCCUUGUGUCUGUGUAUUUUCUUUGAAAACCUCGUCUACACUUACCGUAUCUUCAGGGAGCACCAAGGAUAUUUUAGAAUACAGACUUCUGAAGGUGUUCCAGAAAGGAUCUUCAGAACGUUAAAGGACCUGAUAUAUGCUUUUGAAAAGCCAGAUCAAGGACUAGUAACAAACCUCCGUUACCCAGUGAAGAAACAGAAGGCCUCGCAAAGAAGCCAGAGGUUCAACUCGGGCAUGGACAAGGUUUAUAGUGAAAUUGAUGAUGCCGAUUAUGUCACUGUCUUACCGUGAAGGAUCUGUGCCCGACGAUUUGGGAAGCUGCCAUUUCAGGCUGUGCCACAGUGCAGUGGAUCGGCUGGAGAGAGCUGCCAGCUGGGCAUCCUCUGUGGAUCUUUACCUCUGGAAUUACUCUCUUCCUUUUGCAGACUGGUAGAGUAGUUGUAUUUUCUCCCAUUAGAUCCAGUACAAGCUACUAUGUAUUUUUGCUCAGGAAUAAAAGAAUUAUUUUUUAUAACAGACACACACAUACAUGGAAAGGUAUCUGUGUCCAUGUAUGUGUCUUUUGGGUUGUUUUAAGCCAGGAAACUGUCCAGGAUGUUGACUGCUAAAGUGAAUAUUCUGUUAGAAAGCAGCAAUAUAAAUACAAUAAAUGAAUGUGCAUAAAGCAGUAAUCUAUGACAGAAUUGAUAUGUGUUGAUAAAAAUCAUAAAUGUAAAAACUUCUACUGACAUUAUAAAAUUCUUUAAAACCCCUAAACUCUGCUAUUUUGCACGAUUCAUGUUACCUCGUUGUAUAAUUGGAUAGUAUUUCAUCAACAUCAAAGAAUACUAGUAAUAAUCUGUAGUUUGGAAUAAUCCAAAUUAAAACAAAA